UCAUAAUCCCAUUGCCAUUAAUUGAGUUGAUCACAGUGAUUGGGGAGAAAGUCCCCGAAAGUCCAUUGUUAUGAUUUUGCGCAUCUGUUUUGUGUGGGUUUGCGUCGCUUUACGUAAAACGCUAAAAAAGUCACUUUCACGCUCUAUUUCCUAACUAAAAUUAUUCAAUGCCCAUUGCAAUUUUACACAGGUCGGUCAUAGUUGUGAUUUCAAUCUUCGCGUGUUAAUAAAAGACCUGAUGUGUGUGUGUGUGUCAUAGUAAUUAGUAAUAACAUAGCCUGCUAUGAUUAAAUCCGUAUGUAUGUAUAUUAUUUAUACAUAAGAUGAUGAUAAUAUAUUUAUGUAAUGAUGUGUGUUAUCAUCGUCGAGGAGUGUCGUGUUUGCUUUUAUUGUUUUAUGGCAAUUACAUUAACAAAGUAUGUAUAACAAUAAUUAACAAUUUUCUCUAAAUUCCGAUAAAAUUAUAUAGAUUAAGGCGCGGAGUUUUUGCGAGUUGUUCGUUAUCAGGGAUCGCCCAUCUCGAAAGAGGCUUUGGAUUGUGCAGAUCCAUUAACGCAAUGGAUCCUAAAAUAUACGAGGGAGGGGACAGCAGCAGUGACAGUGAACUACUGGAUAAUUGGACAAUUGUAGACACUGACGAAGCCCUUGAUGCAUCUUUGUCUACAAGCCCAGAGUGGGCUAAUAUAAAUUUCCUUUCUUUAGUGGCCGACGAUGAAGCUGACAAUGAACAGCCAGAAAAUUCGGAAAGGGACGCUCCUCCUCACCCUGAAGAUGAUGCGCAGGAGGAGCAGGUUGAUGACAACUGUGAGUCGCUGAAAGAUGUCUCCGUGGAAGACCAAGAAAAAAGCUCAAUCGAAGGUCCACUUGAAAGUGACACUGAUGGCAUAUCCACUUUCUCUGAGAGCGAAGGCGAAGUUGACGAUUUGGAGGAAGAAACUGAGGCUAUAAAGCCUGUUGUGGCCCCUGCAGCAGAGAAUGGCCGCAUCUCCCCAGGCUCAAAGAGCCUUAGCGACUACUCUGAUCUCUCGUCCUUGCAAGACAUGCCUCUUGACCUUGGACAAAAGGGGGAACGGCGUUACGUGCACCACCCAAGCCCGAAGGUGAACCACUAUCUAAACGCCCUCUUGGUGGUUGUGUUUGCUUCAGUUGUCGGCCUCGGCAUUGGACAUUUCAUGGGUCUGCAAAAGGAGUGUCAUGUCCCGAAAUUUGCUGAAGUGCCGAAAACUUACUUGAGCGACGAGGCCUGGAACCUGCUCAACUCUCUAAGCCGUGAGAAUGACUUUCUAAAGAUGCAACUUGAGGAGCUGCAGGAUUCUAUUGAUGGCCGCAAAGAACGUGGGCAGCUACUUCUAAUUAAAAAUGAAGACAGCGAUAAAAAAUUGGCAGCUGACAAUGAGUCAAACAAAAAUGUACCUGAAAAUGAGACUGCCCGCUCCGUCUCUGUGGAGGCGCCACAGGAAACAAAGCCGCAGGAGUUUGACCCUGUUGAUCCCUACUCAGAUGAGCUGCUGGAAAUUUUCCAAACCCGCUUUGUUAAGCAGCCAAAAGCUGAGAGUAAUGAACUAUAUCACUCCUUUAGUUUCAAAAUUAAGCAGCCAGAAGCACCAAAACCAAAGCAGAAGAGAUCACAGCCACAGCCCCAUCCAAUGGACUCUUUCUAUGGAAGGGCAGAGGCUGAAUUGCAGAAUUUGGUGCAGCGAUUGUCCAACUACGGCUCAAGCAUCGUCAAGGAUAGAGACAUUCCCCAAAGUGUGGCUUCAGGCCUUGGAAUGCUGACCGCCACCGUCUCCGACCUGCAGCAGAGCUUGAAAAUGUUGCAGCAGAACACGGCGCAGCACAGCUCGUUUGUCGUAGAGAAAGUGAAGAAGUCUGUCUCAAAGAUGGUGAGCGACGUGAAGAACAAAGCGGAAAAGCUGACCAGCGGCAAGCUUGGCACCAAAGGCAACUUCUGGAAGAGCAUGCACAAGCUGAAGGCGAGCGUGGUCAACGGCUGGUGCCACAUCAAGGGCAAGAUGAACCAGGGAGACUCCCAGGAGUGUUAUUCCAACUUCAAGAAGAACAACACCAAGUUCCAAAAGCACGCUGAAAGGCCUGUGUUCAAGACAAAGGAGUAUUAUGGAAAAGAGAAAAGUUAUAAUCGUGACAGCAACAAGUAUGUUUGCUACAAUGGAAAGUGCGAGCACCAGAGGAAUGACGGUGGGUGGCAGUUCAAGAGGGCGCAGUUCCGCGACAAUGGGCGCCAGAAGUACGUCUCCAGCUGGUCGGACAGAAGACAGCACAAACGAAACGACUAUAGGAAUGGCGAGCAAAGGUUCAGAAGCCGCGGCCACUGAAAUUAACAAGAUGUACAUUUAGUGAUAUCUACAGAAAUAACUUGCACAGCUUAUUUUUAUCAUUGUGACUCAUGAGAAGGGUAAAAUGCAGCAAAACAUCUAUUUUUAUCAGCGUGUACCUCUCUUAACUCCAUAUAUAUGUAAUUAUUUUAAUGGUUGGCUUUGAGACCCAGCCUGUACAUAGAUUGUGUUUAAUUGGCAUUACUGUAAGUAGCUACUUAAUUGUUCAUGAUCUCUGGGUAGCUAGAAAUGAAGCUAAUUAUUGUGAAAUCAACUGAAUGUCGUAUGAGAGCCUGAACCUAUUAAUUAGAUUAACUGUUCCCUGACCAUAUUAACGAAUUUAUUAACGGUGAUUACGCCUUACUAAUUUUCAAAUUUAACAUUCCCUAAGGCUCUUAUACAAUUAUAUUUUUUUAAGUUGAGGGAUUUACUUCAGAAGUAAAUAUAUGCUGCAACUUUAAUUUGUUCCUCCUCCAUUGAAUUUGUAUUGAAUAAAUUUAACUGGACAUAUUUUA